GCUGAAGACAGACAUAAGUAAGAGGCAUUCACCCACGUCUUCCAGCAGGAUGUCGACAAAUGGCCAGCUCCUGCACGACCUGAUACAGGCUCUUCAUAGGCCAGACGACUUAUCCAAGCAGAGAGAAGUCUUCGGAAUAGCUGUCCAUCUCCUUACCGAAUUAACAAGUUCACAUAAUGUAAGUAUCCUUGCAUCGCAGCUCCUUCAAGCGCCCACAAUUCUCUCCUGGGAUUCUGCCGGGACGCCAAUCACUGUACCCCUCGUCCAAUGUUUUCGAGCUGCUGCCAUGAACAAAGCUCGCGAAGACAAUCCGCAAGUGACAGCAUUACGAAUGCCGCAUUGGCUUGAUGCUCUGAAGAAAGGCAUAAGAGGGUGUCCUGCGGACAAGCAACUUGCUGCUCUGUGCGGCAUAUAUUGUGGUCUUCAGAUAACGGGGAGUGGAUCGCGGCAGCUUCGAAAUGCGGAAGAGGCAUUCUGCGUAACCCUAAAUCUUGUCCUCACCACUAAUGAGGCUAACGAAAGUACCGCGAGUGCUGUCCUUUAUUGCAUGUCACAGUCGCUGCCUCACCUAUCAGAGCAUGGUAAGCGAGUCAUUACCUGGGAUUCUCUGUUGUCCGUAUCAGUUCGCGGGCUUUACUAUUCUGGGUCUGCAUUAGGUAACGGCGACUUCAUGAAGCAGACGAUAGGGGAUACUCAGGUCGUGGACGGUCGCGUACAUUGGCCGACAACAUCGCGGUCCUUCGAACGAAUAUCCGCCUUAACCAAGAUGCCAUUCUAUCUAGGCAUGGGACCUUAUGCGAACGUUGCUGCUUCUGCUGCAGCUCGAUGCUAUGAUUCUCGCUCCAUCAUAUCAGCCCUUGUUGUCAUCGAUGCAUUUACGUCCAGCCUUAGGAAAGCAUGGGAGAACUCGCCAUUUAGCAAAGUUCAUCACAUUCUGGAAAAAGAGCAUUUCAGUGAGGAGACGACUAUGUCAACUACUCCGCUGUUGUGGCACGUCCUCAAGCGGAUAUCGUUUGCUACUUCCAUAAUACUUCACGCCGCUAUUUCGAACUUCAUCCUGUCUAGUGCAACCAGGAAUAAAGCAGAGUCAUUACGAAUGGCGAGCUUUGUGGUGCAGAUAAUGCACAACCUCUACUUCAUCACGGCCCGAAUUGGAGGCGAUACGGUCGCGACAUAUGACUUUACCUUUCGUGUAGCCCUUGACAUAAUUUGUCAACAUCCGGGCGAGGCAGACAAACUUUUGACGGAGAUGGCACCAAGCGUACAGCCUAAAACGAUCUACCACCCGAUCAACAUGUCCACCUCCCUGUUCUUCCUCAACAUGUCCGAGCAUCUCGCACCUGUAAUUCCCCCGCUGUUAUUCAAGGAAAUUGUGUUUCCUGUUGCGGAAGCGUAUAUGAAGACGCCCGUCGAAGUUCCGUGCCGUCCUCUCUUCGAGGCGGCACAUUCUGUGGUAUUAGCCCUGAUAAUGGCACCACAAAUGAAGGAAAUGGCCAGUGAGGUUGUUGUUGGGUAUGCGCAGAACACCCUUACCGCAUUCCCAGGACACAUAUCUCCACGUCAGCUGUCUCUCGCGUUUGCGACGCUGGUGCAAGCCACUGCUCAACCGGCUCCACUUUAUGCGAAACACCCAGAAUUGUCUGAGCAUGUGCUUGAUCUUCUGUUACAGAGAGCCGCCGUCGCACAUAUAGGAGGAUGUCCGUUGCGCCUAGACGAUGGUGGCAUGGUCGACGAAAAAUCUGCAUGUUUGCUUGCUUAUGCGGAAUGCCUUCCGCAUGUAGCACCGGAGAAUAUGAUCCGAAGAUUGGAACUUUUGGCGGGGGAAGUGGGGAAGUUAGCAGGGGAAGAGAGACGACGACUUGUUGACAAGCUUUGGCAUGUCAUUGCAUGUGAGUUGGAUGUGGCAAAGUCUGAGUUGGCGGUCUACUGGUGGCAUUCAUUUGGUGGAAAAGACAAGACUUUUAUCGAAGAAAGAGCAAAUUUAUGA